UCAACGCACGCGCACAGUACCAACCCGACCAUCGCCCGCGCGGCCGCGAUGCCCAUCGCAACGAAAAUCGAUAACGAAACGCAAUUAAAACUAAACUAGAAACAACCAAAAAUAAAACGCGCGACUACUCGAACCCUUCAAAAUUUCAAAUUUCGAAUUUAUACUUUUUAAAUCUCGCAACAAAUCGAGCAUAUGGCCAGUCCAAGGAUGUGAACUUUUUUUGUUUCUCAACAGUGCAAUGAAAUGUGGAUCUUAAGUGUAUACGUGUAAAGUUCAGUUUUGAAGUGUUAAGGAUUAAAAUAAGUUUUUUAUUAAGGUAAGCCAUGUGGAGUAUACUUCUAGUCUUGGCGCUACUAGCGACCGCGCGUUCAAAACAGCUCCCGACUUCCACAGAGCUAUCCACAACAGCGAUAGCGAAAGCGACAGACGAGGACACAACGCCAUGGCCCGGCUCUCUCGCUCCUUUAGAUACGCUUGCCGUCGCGUGCGAGCGAGACAGCAUGCACGUCACCAUCACACUGGCACCUAACUCUGUUUUUGGAGACAGCCUCUACGACACAUUCAACGGCAUAGUGUACCCAGCCGGUCUGGGCAGCAACUCCUCCUGUCUCCGCGAGUACGUGGCAGCUCGGGGGGACCUGCAGUACACCCUGCCUCUGAAAGGGUGCAAUACAAUGUCCACAGAUAACGAUGAUGGGACCGUAGAGUACUUCAACAACAUCAUAGUCCAGCCCCACCUCCGCCUUGUCACCGGCCAGGGUCGCGGCUAUCAUGUACGGUGCAGAUAUAGACGAAGGGACUUGGCACAGUUCCACAUCUUCCCUAGGGCUUCAGCGCUUAGUUCCAACACUCUUGAAGAACAAGAGGACUUUGACGAGGACUCCGGUCUGCUCCCAUCCGUUACGAUGAAGAUUUACAAAGGGGACCCGAAAGAUAAACAGGUGGCGUCCAACGUACGGAUCGGCGAUACGCUGACCCUAGUGGUGUCUCUAGAGAAACAGAGACGUUUUGGUCUCCUCGUCUCCGAGUGCUCCGUGAGAGACGGUCUGGGCUGGGCCGAGCAGAGCUUAAUCGCUGACGAUGGUUGCCCGUUAGAUGGUGAUAUAAUGGGCAUGUUCCAAUACGGCGACGAGCGACAGGACGCACGCGUGUCGUUCCCGGCCCACAAGUUCCCGUACACCGCCAGCGUGUAUUACACAUGCGAAGUGAAACUGUGUGAUUUGAACCACCCCACCGACUGUGAGCCGUGCUCUCACAAGCGGCGCGUGCGCCGUCAAGAAGAAGGAUCACCGGCCACUGUGGAAGUGUUCUCCGGACUUUAUGUCAACGAACAAGACUCCCUUGAUAGCGAGGAGGUUACUAGUGAGAAGAAAGACGACGAGAUCUGCAUAUCGCAGCGGAACUUCGCCAUCGGCAUCUGCAUCGCCGGUGUCAUCCUCAUGGCGUGUGUCAUCGCCGCCAUAGCUUGCAUCCUCGCGCGCAGGCGCGGCAAGAGCCAUUCCGGUAGCUCGCUGUAUAGCGGCCCUUAUACUAAUACUGGAUAUUCGCAUGCUAGCUAGAUGAUACUUCCAAACUGUAACAUCAGUACUUUUCCAUUUGUUUGGUUCUGUUACAGUCUCCCCCUUGUAUUUUAACACUCAAUUUCGCAAGUCAAGGUAGUGAGCUUAAACCUCCUUGCUUGACGCUCAUAGGUUUACAGGUUACAAUAAUCCUAAUGACUUAGAAGGCAAAUGCUAAAAAGGGUCAAAUUAAGAGUUCUGACUCCGAAAUUAGGUUUUAAACGUACCUCUUGUACAAUUCUAAGGAAUUUGACAAAAAUGUCAAGCAUGAGAAGUAUUCUAAAGUAUAGAGGGAGGCUGUAACGAAGCUAAUAGAAAGAGGAAAAUGUUUAAUUGUUAAACAAACGAAACAUCAAAAAAGUGCCCGUGAUCAGUAUAAGUAUUAAAACAAUUUGAAGGUGCCACGAAAAAAAAAAAGGAAUUAAGGGAAAAAUAAAGGAAUAAAAUGUCGGAUAAACUUGUAGGGAGGUUGUAGCAAUACCAAUUAAAUUGUUAUUCGUGCUCAUGUCAUUAGUGUGAAGGCAUAAUGGCUAACCUCAAACUCUAUCAAGUAAAAAAAUUAAGUAGAGUGCUAUUUCAUAACUUCUUAGUGUAAACUUUUGAGUUAUGUUUACAAAAAGUAGUUAUGCUUUACCUUUUCGACGCCGUGUAUAACACAAAAGAUGUCACUCAGACGCCACGUCACCGAAGUCUUAAAACUGAAAUUGAACUUUAUGCAUAUGCGCGUAGGUCUAUGUUGCUCUGUGGUCUGGGACGGAUUAAUCAGUGUUUGGCGUUGGACCUGCGAUUCGGAUAUAUCCGUCGUUGGCGCCGAAAAGGUUAAUCUUGUGAAAUAAAUACAAAAUAACAUUAAAUCACAAUUUAAACGCUUUUGUCGGUUUCAAAGACAUCGAAUAAAUUAGAUAGUGGAUAGUCGGGUUGAGAAACGAAUUAAUAAUGUAAUGAUAUUAAAAUAAAAAUAGGUGUUCCUUAUAAUGAUAAAAAUUGCGAGAUUUUUAUCGCAAUAUUUUAAUGUAAGUAUAGCAACACUUUUUUAAUGUAUUCAUAUUAUUAUCAUAUCUAGUGUUCUAAGCAUUGGCCAACAAUUUGAUAGUCAAAAAGCAACGAAAUUUCGAAAGACAUUUUAAUAAAGUUGGUGUCAAUAAUGUCACUAGAUGUCAAGAAACUUUAAACUUCGUAACCAGCAGUUACAAUCGUAUUAUUACUGUUUCGUAACUGUUUACGAAAAUUCGAAAUUCUUUAAAAUUAGAAAUAUAUGUUGAUCUAAUGUAGGAACACCUCAUUCAGUCAUACUUAGCAUAAGUUUAGUUUUACAAAUAUGUAUUUAGCAUUACCAUGGAAUUUAGAUAUUUAUGUUGUGAUAAUGAUAUCGAAUCCGUCCUGUAGCAAUAUUUUAGUUGCAAUAAUUUUCAUUUACAACGUAACGUUUUACUAUAACAUUUAAUAUCUAUAUUAAGUCAAUGACUUGAGUAAAUAUUUAAUUUUGUAUUUUCUUAUAACCAGGGACUUGUCAUAUAGGCCAGUUUUGCAUAAUGAUGUGCAAAUAGGGCCUUUUACCUCCAAGGUGGUGGGAUACUUUCCUUUUUAAAGUGUUUCAGCGACUCAUUAAAGGUAACUGAAAGGUUUGAAUUAUUGUUUUUCUAUUAUGAACAAAUAACUAUAACUAUAUUAGCAUUUUUUGCUAAACGAGUACUGAAACACUUAAAAACUUUUCUUCUCUAUAAUUUUCAGCCGUUUUAAAUAAUUUGUGGAUGCCAUAUUCCUUAAGUUAUCAUUAAGUCCUUAUAUGCCAUUUAAGUGAUUGGUGCUAAAACUUAUUCUUUAUUCACACUUAUUUUAUUAUUAAACAAAACAAAAAAAAAACUCGAGUUUCUAAAAACCACUCGUGAUUCUACACAAUUAUAAUAAUUAACGUUAUUUUCUUUUGUAGAUCCAAAGUAAACGGUUUCGUAACUUGUUACGAAACCUUGACUUGUUACGUUUGUUUUGUCUUAUAUUGAAAUAAGUAGUAAAUCGCUGCUUAUCCUGUGUAUCUGUGUACAAGAAUGAAUAUUAUCGGUAUGUGUUUCAUACUUACCUCAUUGUGUACUAAUCCCGAUCUUAACUAGAUUUUAAAGACAAUGGGGUUCUGGAACCAUAUCGGCAUGAGACUGUAUGCAAUAUUUUUUAACAAAUAUACUGACUUAAUUAAAA